AUGGGGAACGACAAGGGUUCGGCUCGCCCAUUCUCACGCCCCACCCUCGGACCUUGCUGGAAGAAAGUUUCGCCCGGCCGCCAAGGAACACGAGCGAACAUGGCCUCGCCGAGGUGGCUCUGGUGUGCGUGUGCGACCGCGGCGGUGGCACUGCUGCUCGUCUCCAGGUUUCCCUCGGCCUCUGCCCAAAGAAAGAAGGAGAUGGUGUUAUCUGAGAAGGUUAGUCAGCUGAUGGAAUGGACCAAUAAAAGACCUGUAAUAAGAAUGAAUGGAGACAAGUUCCGUCGCCUUGUUAAAGCGCCACCAAGAAAUUACUCUGUUAUUGUGAUGUUCACUGCUCUCCAACUUCAUAGACAGUGUGUCGUUUGCAAGCAAGCUGAUGAAGAAUUCCAGAUUCUGGCAAACUCUUGGCGGUACUCCAGUGCAUUUACCAACAGAAUAUUUUUUGCCAUGGUGGAUUUUGAUGAAGGUUCUGAUGUAUUUCAAAUGCUGAACAUGAAUUCCGCUCCAACUUUCAUCAACUUUCCUCCAAAAGGAAAACCCAAAAGGGCUGAUACAUACGAGUUACAGGUGCGAGGGUUUUCAGCUGAACAGAUUGCUCGCUGGAUCGCAGACAGAACUGAUGUCAAUAUUAGAGUAAUUAGACCUCCAAAUUAUGCUGGACCCCUAAUGUUGGGAUUGCUUCUGGCUGUUAUUGGUGGACUUGUGUAUCUGCGAAGAAGCAAUAUGGAAUUCCUCUUUAAUAAAACUGGAUGGGCUUUUGCAGCUUUGUGUUUUGUACUUGCUAUGACAUCUGGUCAGAUGUGGAACCAUAUAAGAGGGCCACCAUAUGCUCAUAAGAAUCCCCAUACAGGACAUGUGAACUAUAUCCAUGGAAGCAGCCAGGCCCAGUUUGUAGCUGAAACCCACAUUGUUCUUCUGUUCAAUGGCGGGGUUACCUUAGGCAUGGUGCUUUUAUGUGAAGCUGCUACCUCUGACAUGGAUAUUGGGAAGCGAAGGAUGAUGUGUGUGGCUGGAAUCGGACUUGUUGUGCUAUUCUUCAGUUGGAUGCUCUCUAUCUUUCGAUCAAAAUACCAUGGCUAUCCAUACAGCUUUCUGAUGAGUUAAAGAGGAUACUAGAGACACAUAGACUGUGAUAAUAAUGGAAACUGAAAAAUAAGACAUAUGUGGUGUUUGAAGAAGAAUGCAACUCAUAUAUUUUAUAUUACCUCUUUUUUGUCAAGUGAUUUAAAUAGUUAAUCAUUUAACCAAAGAUGUGUAGUGCCUUAACAAGCAAUUGUAAGAUCAUGAAGUAUUUGAAAUUACUCUCCUCUUAACCUUCCCUUCCCUGUGAACUUAUGAAACAUUUGAUUUUUGUAGAAUUAGGUACUUUAUAAAAUUUAAAACUACUACUUCAUUUUACGUAGAGCAAACGUCAAAACUACUUUAGUUAACUUUUCGUCAUCUGAUUUUAUCUUAUCCAAGGCUGGGGAUGGAAGGUUCUGAGCAGGAAUUUCCACCUCUGCCUGUUACAAACAACUGUAUCUAGAAGCCAUCAUUAGUUUUCCUUUGUGCAGAUGGGUAUGAUUUACAUCUUUCCUCUUGGACAAAGGUAUCAUAUGCACUAUUUGAACCUCUGAAAAUGGACUUGUGUAGCCUUUGGAAAGAUAAAUCUGUCUUCUUCCUGUAUCUUUCCUGCUGAAAUCAGAGCUACAUAUGCCUCUUUUAUACAUUAAGAAGUACCUCUAACUACAAAACUAUGAUUUUUGCAUGAGUGUGCUCUAACUACCUUGUACAUGGAAAGAUUUCUGAUUCAUUCUGUUUCUAGUUUUAUUUAAAGUGGCCCUUCUCUAAUAAUAAUAAUAAUAAUAUGUUGCCUAAAAUCACUAUAAGUUAUAAAUGGUCUCAGAUGUUUGUGUAUGUUAGUUAGACAUUGUCAAUCUCAUUUUUAAUCUAACAGAAAAAUAAGCUGAGUUGUGUUUGUGGAAAGGAAUAUCUUAGAAUGGGAAAAGAAAAUCAAGAAAUAUUGAUUGCUGCCUAUGGAUAGAAAUGAAACAUUUUGCCAGGCUUGUGGCAGAUACAAGCUAAAAUCUUCGUGAGUUUAUGGCUAGCCUGGGCUACAUAGUGAGACCCUGUGUCCAAAAACAAAAGGAGAGAAAAGAAAGAGAAAAAGGCAAUGAAAUGUAAAUGUUUUCAAGCUGAGGCGGUAGCUCAGUGGUAGAGUGCUUGCCUAGCAUGAGUGACACUCUGGGUUCAAUCCUCAAUGCCACACGAAAAAAUAGUUCUUGAGCGCUGUUCUGUGAGUUAUUUUUAUUUGUUUGUUUUUAAAGAAUGUUCCUUGAAACCUGGUCUUUUGUUUUUUAAAAUACAUAUUCUUUAAAACCUGGGCUAAUUUUAAGUAAGUAGUUUUUGAAGCCUGGUCUGGCUUUUGUUUUUAUUUGUGUGUUUGUUUUCUAAAAAAAAAAAAAAAAAAGUUUCUUGAAACCUGGUCCUUUUUGUUUGUUUUUGCCUUUUUGAGACAUAGCUCUGGUUGGUUUUGAAUUUCCCAAGUGCUGGGAUUAUAGGCAUGUACCAUUGACCCUAGUCUGCUUUCUGCUGUCAUUUUAGCUUUUAUUUCCCCCAUAAAUAAGGGAUACAAAGAAUGGUGGUAUGCAUGUGUCUCUGCUCUUAGCUAUCCUGGUGGCUGAAGUAGGAGCCCUGAAGUCCAAGAAUUUGACACAUAGUGUGGCAUCAUAUCACACCUCAUUUCAAAAAUAUGUCCAUAAUAAAAUUGUGAAGGGAUUUUGUUUGAAUUUUGUCUUUUUCUGUGAUAAUGGAAAUAACCCUAUAGGCUAACCAAAUUUCCAUGAGGAAUAUUUAAGUCAAGGUUAUAAUAUGUCUAACUCUGACCUCCACCAGAGUUAUGAAGAGUAAUUGAAAAUGCCACUGUUAUGAAAGUGUGGAGUUGGAAUGUAGCUCAGUGGUAGAGCACUUGGCUAGCCUGUGUUAGGCCCUGGGUUCAAUCCCCAGCACCACAAUAAGUGAGAAUUUUAACUCUGAAAAAAUGUAAAGAAUAUUAGAAAUAUUAUAUUUAAAAGAUACAGAGAUGGAUAUGUGGUUGAGUUGAUACAGUGCUUGCCUGACAUGCAGGAAGCCCUGGGUUUGAACUACAGUGAGACAAAACAAAAGAUACUGUGACUGUUUCAUGCUAUCGAUCAUGUAAUAGCCUGCGCCUGUCCUAUGAACAAAGGUUUGUGGAAAGACAUCAUUGGCCAUGAAGAAAUGUUUAUGUGGGGUUUUUACUGUCGUUGUUACAAAUUCAAUGAAUAAGAGGAUACAGUUGAUCCCCUUAUAAAUUGAGUGUUCUGAUUUUUUAUCCACUAUUUUUAUACUCAUCUCUGCCAAAUGGAUUUAGGUUAUGAUUUUUAAGAAACUUGUGUGACACGGCCCUGACUUGUAAGGUUGAACUGGGCAGUAUUCCUGCUGUGUAACCUCUGUAGCUCCAGGUCGUGUCCUGUGGUCAGUGUUCUGUCUGUUUCCUCUGUUUAAGAGCAACAUUCUUCAUUAUGAAGAAAGGCGCAUUUGGGCUAAAAUCUGUGACAGCAGAUUUUCUCCGCUUAAAAUAGUGUUAAUUUUGUGGAAAAUUUAAAUUUAGCUUUUUUCUGAAGUGCCUUAAGUAGAUUCUUAAUUUACUUUUCUAGUACUGGUUUAAAUAUAAUUCAUUAUGGAUUUUUAAUAUACUCUUCAAAAAUGAUACAUUGUUAUGGCAAAGAUAACCAAAUGUCUGGCUUACUGCUUCCUACCAAUAAACUUUUGCAAU